AUGGUCCAGCAGAGGAGCGUGCGGAGCCGGGGGUCGGAGGGCAAGCGGGAGGUGUGCCCCAAGGAUGCCCUGCUUCUGAAGGAUGCCAAAGGGGAGCCGGGCUGGUGCAAGACUCCCAGCGGGCACAUCAAACGCCCCAUGAACGCCUUCAUGGUGUGGUCCCAGAACGAGCGGCGGAAAAUCAUGGACCAGUGGCCGGACAUGCACAAUGCCGAGAUCUCCAAGCGCCUCGGCCGGCGCUGGCAGCUCCUGCAGGACUCUGAGAAGAUCCCCUUUGUCAGGGAGGCAGAGCGGCUACGACUGAAGCACAUGGCUGACUACCCAGACUACAAGUACCGGCCCAGGAAGAAGGGCAAGGUGGGCACCGCUAAGUCCCGCCCCAGGGUCCCGGUCAAGAUCAAGCCCUCCGUCCUCGGGAGGGUGGCGUCCAGCAGAAGGCAGCCCCCAAAGCAGGGUGGCAGCGGCAGCCAGGAGGGACGCUCGACGCCCGAGCUGGACGACGACCCGCUGGAAGCGCGGCUGAUGGAGGCGCCUUUUGACGACGGCCCCAAAACUCCCAGCAAAGAGUUCUGGCACGUGCUGCCGGCGAGCGGCGAGAAAGGAGCGUGGGUGGGCAGUUCUGGCGACCCAAAGGACCACGAGGUUGCUGCUGCCGCUGCUGCCACCAAGCCCUUUUUGGACGAGGCCAGGUCCUCGGAGAUCCCUUCCCCAGCCUCCACCCGGUCUCCACCGUCUUCCUUCGCCUCGUCGGACGAAGAGUUUGAAGAAGAGCUCUUGAGCUUCCUGCCCGCCCGAGCCCAGCCGAACACGCCCUGCGGGACGCCGGACUGGUCCGCCUUCGACAAAGACCUGGACCUCUUCCCCCUGGGUGCCACGUCUCACUUUGAGUUCCCGGAUUAUUGCACCCCGGAGGUGACUGAGAUGAUAGCUGGGGACUGGCUGAUGUCCAGCAUCUCAGACUUGGUCUUCACGUACUGA